AUGGACUCCCCGGUCGUCACCCAGCUGUUCAGACAGCUCUUCCGACAUCCAGCAUGCCAGUCACUUCGGCAAUCCUCACCAGCGCUCACUCGCAGAGCAGACUCGGUGCGCGUGCCGGGCGCGUGCCGACAACAGACUCGACCAUUUUUCACGCGGCAGCUGUUUAGACGCAAAAACGCCGGCAAUGGGAUGAUCUGGUUGAAUCGAUGGGAUCUUGAGAAAAACAUCGAGGAGGAGUAUCGCUCGUAUCCCUUGGUGACAGCGAAAGAGUUGCGCAGUCGCGGGGAGCGGCCGCGGCAGGUGAAGAUGCUGACACGGGAGUUCAUUGACGACAGUCUUUAUAAUCCCAAUUACGGCUAUUUCUCGAAGCACGCGACCAUCUUCAGUCCCGGUGACCCAUUCGACUUUAACAGCAUUGACGAUGGCCCGGCAUUUCAUCGGCUGCUUGGAGACCGGUAUAUCGAAUUUGAGGACAAGCUAGAUGAGUUUGUUCCUGACGAGGCACGUCAACUAUGGCAUACACCGACCGAGCUGUUCCGGCCGUACUACGGCGAGACGAUUGCAAGGUAUCUGGUCUCGAACUACAAGUUGACUCUGUAUCCGUACCACGACUUGAUCAUCUACGAGAUGGGGGCUGGAAACGGGACGAUGAUGCUCAACAUCCUUGAUCACAUCCGAGACACCGACUACGAGGUGUACCAGCGGACCAAGUUCAAGAUCAUUGAGAUUUCGCCUGCGCUCGCGGGGUUGCAGCUGAAGAAUCUCCAGGACUCGGUCAACGCCGCGGGACACUUGAACCACGUCGAGAUCAUCAAUCGCUCCAUCUUCGACUGGAACACGUAUGUGCAUUCGCCGUGCUUUUUCCUCGCGCUGGAGGUGUUCGACAACUUCUCACACGACGCCAUCCGCUAUAACACCAAAACCUUGCUGCCUCAGCAGGGCGGCGUUCUAAUCGAUGCGAACGGCGAGUUCUGGGAAUAUUACAACCUCCACCUCGACCCGAUCGCCGCGCGCUUCCUUCGGGUUCGCCAGGCAGCUGCGCGACAGUCCUUCUCCACGCCGCUGGGCUCCCGAUACACCCGUGGCAUCCGCAACGCCUUUUCAAACCGAGACAAUACCCUGCCCGAAUACAUCCCGACCCGGCUGAUGCAGUUCUUCGAGAUCCUCGACAACUACUUCCCCGCCCACCGGCUUGUGGCUAGUGAUUUCAGCAGCCUCCCGGAUGCUGUCCCUGGGUUGAAUGCGCCGGUGGUGCAAACUCGGUACAAGAGACGUACGGUCCCAGUGUCCACGCCUUUUGUUCACCAAGGCUACUUUGACAUCUUUUUCCCUACAAACUUCGACGUCGUCGAGGACAUGUACCGCGCCAUCACGGGCAAACUGACGCAAGUCGUGCGGCAUGAGGAUUUCAUGCGCCGCUGGGCGUACCUCGAGGAUACGGAGACUCGCAACGGGGAGAAUCCCAUGCUGGCCUGGUAUAAGAACGCGAGCAUGCUGAUGACGGUGUAA